AUGCCCUCUUUCGGUUGUGCACGAUCUGAGACUUUUCUGACAGGCGUUGUUGAUGAUCCCACAUACCACAUACUCAGGAAAUACGCAACUCCAGCUGUUCCUGAUCUUGCAUUGCUCAAGGAAUUCCUGGUAUCGAAACCGGCGGGAUUAUCUCUUCUGCUGAGCCCCGUGAGGUAUGCGACUCUAAAGUCCCAUGAUUUAGCUGGGAUGUUCAGCAAGGGCACCCCAAAUUCAUAUUGCGUUGACCUGGAAAGCCUUCUGGCUCUUAGCGUCAUCAAACCUCCCGAAGUUGGUGCGUUUCCUCUUUCUCUUCAACCUCAGGUUCUAACGCCGUUCUAUACUCUUCAAGGCACUACCGAAUUUUCUUACAUUCCGUUUUGGAACAUGCUUAUACACGAAGCAAUCAAGGGGUACCUGCAGACUUCUGUGUCAUUGACUUUCGCAAGGAGCACAAACUGCGAGACGCAGACACUGUCUCAACUUCCUGACUACGUUGGAUAUGUGGGCGCUCUUUAUUCUUUGUUCCGGGGUGAAGAAAAGGCAGUUCGGGGGCCAGGGAAUCCAAAGCAGGGCCUCAUGGACAAGCUGGUCUGGGUGUACAAGGACGUGCCCUAUCUGCUUGGCUACCAUGCAAGGGGUCCCAACGUGACAUUCGGUGCACUCUACCAUGGUGGGGGCAAGGUGCAGUGCAAAGAUUUGGUCACGGUGGAUCUGAGCAGCAUGACUGACAGGGUGCGGUCCCAGCUCAUACUUUUCAACUUGGGGAGGGUUCUGGCGGGCCUUUGUGAUCUAUGCUCAAGGAGAAACGAGAUUUCUGAUACGGUCAUGGUGCAGGAAGUGGAUCUUGAGAAGGGUGGCAAGUCCGUGGUUCUUUCAGGAUACUCGGUCAUCAAGGGAUAUAUGAACCUGGAGAAGGCAAAGAAGGUGUGGAAUGCAUACUCACGCAUCCAGGGCUGCCCAAAUGCAGAGAAGUGUCAUACAAAGGCCUGUCCCCGAAAGAGGAAACGAAACAGUGAUCCUGAAGAUCGAUUGUACACUUUGACGUUCACGCCGCGGCUCGAUACGAACCAGCGAGCCACGCCCGUUCCCGAGCUGUUAAGGGCCUUGCUUCACGUCUCCAAUGCGCUGUGUUACGCCCAUGAGCGGCGUGUGAUACACAGGGACGUGAGCUGGAGCAACGUUGGACUGGAUCUCGCUUCCAACCAGUGGGUACUCUUUGACUGGAAUGAGUCCUGCACUUCUCCAGCUCCAUGUGCUGCAGCGACGCUUUCCGGUGCCUGUCAUGCACCGGAGAUUCCUCUGGGCCCUCACGAUACUGCAGUCGACGUGUGGGGUCUAGGCUGGCUAAUCCAUACGUCCAAGGUGACUCUGACCCAAGAGCUGGAAGAACUUCGAGAUGACUGCCUAGAGGAGCAGCCUAAGGCUAGACCGACAAUGACCUCCUGCACGGAUCGGCUGCAGAAAAUGUUUGCAAAUUUGGACGGGUAA